GUGGCGCGAUGGGGCUGCGCGCUGGAGGCACGCUGGGCAGGGCCGGGGCGGGUCGGGGGGCACCGGAGGGACCCGGGACGAGCGGCGGCGCUCAGGGCGGCAGCAUCCACUCGGGCUGCAUCACUGCGGUACACAACGUGCCGCUGAACGUGCUCAUCCGGCCGCUGCCGUCGGUGUUGGACCCGGCCAAGGUGCAGAGCCUCAUGGACACGAUUCAGGAGGACCCAGAUCGUGUGCCCCCCAUCGAUGUCCUCUGGAUCAAAGGAGCUCAGGGUGGUGAUUACUUCUACUCCUUCGGGGGCUGCCAUCGCUAUGCUGCCUACCGCCAGCUGCAGCGAGAGACCAUCCCUGCCAAGCUUGUCCAGUCCACUCUGUCAGACCUGAGAGUGUACCUGGGUGCUUCCACACCAGAUUUGCAGUAG